AUGGACCAAUCGGUGGAAAUGGUCCUGGACUCCUCGCCAAGUGCUCCACCUUCCCCUACCUUGCCAGAACCAACUCCUUCCACCUUGCCAGAACCAACUCCUUCCACCUUGCCAUCUGUCGCCGAAAGGGAAAGCACCGUCGCUACAGUCCCUGAUGCCACCCAGACCACUCAGGACACUAUGUCCACUAUGCCAGGACUCCUGGGCAUUCUCGGAGCCGCUGCUCCAAUUUCGGAGUCAUCUCAAGACUCCAUGUCUACAAGGGUUCCUUCCGAAGUGAUCCCCAUUGUAUCCGAAGAGGAAGACCCAUUUGCUUCGGAAACCAACCCUCAGCCAACCUCACAAGAAAACGAGGACGUGGCUGCCCCAGAAGUUCUUGACCAAGACAUGGAUACGGACGUGGAUGAACAGGGAGAAGAGGCUGUCUCUAUCCCUGCGACACCGACCCCAACGCGUCGAGCUACUCCUUCUCGACGCAAACCGGCACCUAAACUCGGCCCCUUGAGGGACGAUGUGGCUCUCUCGCCAGAGAGGGGGACCAUCGCUUCCCGGACGAGAUCUAGGUCGCCAUCCCCAACUCGCCAAGCUCGCCCCUCGAUUGCUAGGGAUCCAACCGAAGUGCUGGAUGCCGUGAGGAUCACCGAUCUUAUUGACGAGUUAACCACGGAGCACGCAGCAGAGAAGCAGCAGGGUGUUUCCACCACCAAUUUCAAGUUUGGCUCUUUCAAUAUCCAGAAAACAAAUAAUUUAGUUACAGUGGCACAUCUAGCCGCAGAUUUUGACAUUCUAUUCAUUCAAGAGUUCAAGGCUACCGACAGCAACGUGGCAGCCAUGAAAGAUUACGCAAGGGCAAGGGGCUUAGACUUCUUUUCCACACCCGCAAGGGCCCAACGAUUCAAUACCACUGGGAUUUUUGUCAAGCAAAGACACUUCAAAGUCUUAGGGGAGUAUGAACUCGGCAGUAACUCUGUGUUUCAUCACAGAUCUACCGACAUACGGAUUGAAACGUCAAUGGGGGAACAGAUAUUACUCCAGAAUUUCUAUCUUCCGACUCAAGACAAGAACAAGCAAGCAGAGAUUAUUGAUGAUACGACGAUUGGGUUUAUCCGCCUCAGGGAGGCAUACCCAACUUUACAGUUAAUUUAUGGUGGUGAUCUAAACCAUUCGGUGGAAGACUCAACGCCAGCGGAGGUACGCGCUAGGUUGGCUAUCAAAGAUUUGGACAACACCUGCAACACAGAAGAUUUAGCAGUUUGGGACAGGCAGGGCGUUCACAUGCUGAAGGCCGGUCAUAUUGAUCAAUCUACAAAGCUCUUCUUCCAGCACAAGCGCACAGAUCCAAUUGUUACUCAAAAACUUUCGAAUUCGGAGAAACAGAGAGAAGCAGAAGAUACGUUAGGGAUGAUUCUUAUAGCGACCGACUAUUACAGGGAACUUUAUCAAUCACCCCCAACAGUGGAACCAGAACAAAUGCAAAGGUUUUUGAGUCCAGUGGGAGACAAUCUCUCAGACUCACAAAGGGCCGCCCUUAACAGACGAUUUACUCAGGAUGAACUUCUCCAAGCCCUUCGGAAAAUGGAGAAGUCUUCAGCACCAGGACCCGAUGGUAUCCAGAACUCAGUGUUAGAACACUUCUGGGAGGAUGUCGGCCCCAUACUCACACGCGAGGCUAAUAACAUGAUGAGGACAGGAAAGUUACCACAGAGUUUUAAGAAGGUUUUGAUUACGCUCAUUCCUAAACGUGAUCAAAACCAGUCUACGGAAAUUGCAAACCUUAGACCUAUCUCACUCACCAACACGACGCUUAAGGUGGUGUCGAGUGCAGCCUGCAAUAGGCUACAGAAAGUGCUUGACAAAUUGAUAGGUCCUUACCAAAGAGGUUUCAUUAAAGGUCGCCAUAUCAAUCAUAAUACCAUGGAGUUCUUCACCAUGGUCCAGCUUAUCCAGGACAAUAGAGAGAAGACCAAAGCUUCGUAUUAUCAGGCUAUUUUGAUGGCUGAUUUUACUAAAGCGUUUGACCGCAUCUCUCAUCAGUAUAUCCAAGCCGUUCUUGAAAAAAUGCACAUUGGGACCAAAAUGUGCCGAUUGCUUAUGCUGUUGCUUAAGGGCCAGUUUGCUCAGAUUAGAAUGAACAAUUGCGGAGGGCCUCAUUUCCCACUAGAUUGUGGAACGAGGCAAGGGAAUCCACUCUCUCCUUUACUCUUCAACAUCGCGUUGGAGCCGUUAUUGUUGCAUUUAAAGCUACUAGAAGGAAUUAAGCUAAGCUAUGGUGAUAUCAAACUUGGGCGAAUGCAAUACCAUGCAUUUGCAGAUGACGUCAACAUCUACUUAGCCAACUUGAGAGACUAUGCACAUGCCGCCAAGUGCAUUAAACGUUUUGAAAGAGCCAGUAAUAGUAAGGUUAGUGCAUCGAAAUCCAAACUCAUAGGAUUUAGGCGUGACUAUCCCGAGCAAGAACAAGAUAUUUUGCCCUACCCACAGAGUUAUAUCAAGCGGGAAGAGCUAAAAUAUUUGGGGAUUAGCAUGAAAGGGGUGAACUGGCGGCAUUUCAUCUACUACCUUCCAUUUAUGACCUACAAGCAAGGAUACAGAGGAUUGGAUAUCAUCAGUAAGACUAUCGGGACCAACAUGUUCGUGAGUUCCAAAACCAUAUACAAGGACUUGGUCCAGUGUAUGACAGAGAAGGAACUUCGAAAUAUUGACGAUGCUAUUCAAAGAAUGUUUAAAGGGGUCCUGGCACCAAAAUUAUAUGCUAGACCAAAGAAAGGCGGUUAUGGCCUCAUUGAAUUGAGUUCACAGUUACAAGGACAUCGUGCCAAGGUGUUAGCUAGAACACUUGGUGACGAUCAGCUGUGGUUCAUCAAAUACUUGAGGGCGAAGAUGCUUCACCACGUUGUGAAGAUUUUCCAUAACAACCGACGUGCCAAAAUAAGACAAAGCCAUGGGCUUUAUUGGGAAGAAUUUCUCUUUGAAGCCAAUGGACGUUAUUUCGAGAACUUGGAGUGGACAUUUACUGAGAACGAAAUUCAGUAUAUCGAAGCUUGGAAGAAAUUAGUUAAAGGAACUCGAACCACUCACCCGGCCACAAUAGCCUCGAGGGUUCGAGUGGAGGAUGUGGAGCUGAUCUUGGGGAUCCCGGGCCACCCAAGACCACAUGAAUCUCAGCAGCUCAAUACUGGGAUCUUCACCUCCAGAAGCCGAAAGAAACAAGAAGAGAAACCACCAAUUAUGCCAGGAAGAUUCAGAGAAAUUUGCCCAGAGGCCCGACCUAUCAAGAGAUGGGACAAAUUCUGGAAAAGUUUACACCGCGAGGAAUGGCUCAAGAGAAAUGAGUUUGGGGCCAUUCAUCAUUUCAACUUUGGAUCUUAUGUUCCUAUCCAUGACAAACCUGCUCAUGGAAUGACGCUAUGCCAUUUAUGCCAACAACAGCACAGACAGGACAAUAUGCUCCCAGGCUACAACGCAAGGACAGAGUUAUAG